AUGACCACAAUGCCGAGACGACUGGAGGUCCAGAGCUCGAUCGUCACUGGUGGGGACAGCUUUAACAUGUGGCACGACUACAUGAAUCUGAGCCAAGUGUUCGAGAGACUGUGCAGCAACCGUGAGGUUGAUAACCGAGACACCGAGCGUCCAAAGAAGGGACAAGCGCCCCCCUGGAGUAAGGUCCACACUUCCACUCGGGGGAAGAAAUCCUCCAAAAACUCAUCGCAGUCCAGUCCGACCAGCAGCGCGUCGGACACCAGCAGCAGCGCGUCAUCCUCGGACUACUGCCGCUUCUGCAAGCAGAACGGGGAGACUCCGAGGGUGUACCGAUCUCACAAGCUCAAAUCAGACGACGGGAAAGUUUUCUGCCCCAUCCUCCGGAACUACACUUGCCCUAUCUGCGAAGCCACCGGUGACAGCGCUCACACACGCAGGUACUGCCCGCAGAUGAAGUGGGAGGCGGCUGGGAGGAUGCAGACGGGAGUCAAGUUCUGGUAG